CGUCGUGGAGGUCUCAUGUCCUUCUGUGUCCGGUCAUGGCGAUUGCCCAGUCGCAGCAGGUGCUUUCCGUACCCUUUAUCCCUAUUGAAGGGAUUUACCCGUGCGCACCUGAAUGUGUGCACUGCAGCGGUCAGCUCGCCGAGGACUGCCGCAGCGAGGAGUGGCUCCCUCCUUUGCAUUACAAGAUCCAGCGGCCUGGCCCUGUUGUGGAGGUCAUUGGUCGUGACGGGCCGGUUUGUCCCCAGGAGGAACCGAAAGAUCUGCUGGGGGACUUCUCCAGUUUCACCAGUGAUUGCCAUGCCUCAGUUAAAGUCUCCAGACAUGGGCUCUGCCUUCAUCCAGACUCAGCAGCUCAACGCUGCCAUGGCCGACACCUUCCUCGAGCACAUGUGCCUGCUGGACAUCGACUCGGAGCCCACCACCGCUCGCAAUACUGGCAUCAUCUGCACCAUCGGGCCAGCAUCCCGCUCUGUGGAUAUGCUGCAGGAGAUGAUCAAGUCUGGAAUGAACAUUGCUCGCAUGAACUUUUCCCAUGGCACACAUGAGUACCAUGCAGACACCAUCAAGAAUGUGCGCACGGCCUGCGAGAGCUUCGAGCCUGGCAGCAUCCAAUACAGGCCGAUCGGCAUUGCCCUGGACACAAAGGGCCCAGAGAUCAGGACUGGCCUCAUCAAGGGGAGUGGAACUGCUGAGGUGGAGCUAAAGAAGGGCAACAUGAUCAAGAUAACCUUAGAUGAUAGUUAUCAGGAGAACUGCAGUGCGGAGAUCCUCUGGCUGGACUACAAGAACAUUCCCAAUGUAGUCGAAAUCGGCAGCAAGAUCUACAUUGAUGAUGGACUCAUGUCCCUUCAGGUCAAGGAGAUUGGUUCGGACUUCCUUGUGUGCGAGAUUGAGAACGGGGGCACCCUGGGUAGCAAGAAGGGAGUGAACCUCCCUGGUGCCGCCGUAGACCUGCCUGCCGUUUCCGAAAAGGACAUCCAGGACCUGCAGUUUGGUGUGGAGCAUGGAGUCGACAUGGUCUUUGCCUCCUUCAUACGUAAAGCAGCAGACGUACACGCUGUCAGAGCAGUGUUGGGAGAGAAAGGCAAAAACAUUAAGAUCAUCAGCAAGCUUGAGAACCAUGAGGGUGUACGCAGAUUUGACGAGAUCAUGGAGGCCAGCGAUGGCAUCAUGGUUGCCCGUGGCGAUCUGGGUAUUGAGAUCCCCACAGAGAAGGUGUUCCUAGCCCAGAAGAUGAUGAUCGGUCGCUGCAACAGAGCUGGAAAGCCGAUCACAUGUGCCACUCAGAUGCUGGAGAGCAUGAUCAAGAAGCCCAGGCCCACACGCGCUGAGGGCAGUGACGUGGCAAACGCCGUGUUGGACGGAGCCGACUGCAUCAUGCUGAGCGGAGAGACUGCCAAGGGAGACUAUCCUCUGGAGGCAGUACGCACACAGCACAUGAUAGCGCGAGAGGCCGAGGCAGCCACUUUCCACAGACAACUGUUUGAGGAGCUGAGGAGAAACUCCUACCUGACCAGAGACCCCUCAGAGGCCGUAGCGGUUGGCGCCGUUGAGUCGUCCUUCAAAUGCUGCGCUAGUGCCGUGAUUGUUGUCACUGAGACCGGAAGGUCCGCCCACCUGAUCUCCAGAUACAGGCCACGUGCGCCCAUCCUUGCUGUGACCCGUAACGCGCAGACCGCUCGCCAAGCCCACCUGUACCGCGGCAUUUUCCCCGUUCUCUACACCAAACCCGCCCACGAUGUGUGGGCAGAGGACGUCGACAUGCGCGUCAACUUUGCAAUGGAUGUCGGAAAGGCCCGAGGCUUCUUCAAAGCAGGAGACGCUGUCAUCGUCUUGACUGGCUGGCGCCCCGGCUCUGGCUACACCAACACCAUGCGUGUGGUUCUGGUGGCUUGAACCACCCAAAGGGCUGCUCCGCUUUCUCCCUCCACCUUUAUCUCUUUCAUAGGUCUCCGGGCUCCACUCCAGCUCACAACUCUUCUUAUCCAACGCCUGGGCUCCCACUUAAAUGGCAAACUGUUUAUCAUUUAGGCAAGAAAGUAAAUAAAUACAAGAAUAGUCCUUAUGGCCAAAGAUGUUUACGGUUGGGGUGGAGGCUUGAUUCCUUAAAUUCCACUUUACGUUUCCAUUCCUUUCACUUUGAUUCAAUCAAACCGGUCUGCAGGGCCUUAAUAAACCCCAACCAGAAACCGCUGUAUUUAUUCACUCCAACACGUGUUAUUAAAGGUGACCCAGUGUGUGAAUGCUCAUGCUGGCGCUUGUUCAGGUGGAGUUGGUGGACGGAUCUUAAAAGAGCACCUUUUGAGUACUGUAGUUUACUAAUCACACUCCUCUGCCGAUAUAUAACUCAACACGUGGUUUAUUGGGUCAAAGGGCUCCCCCUACAGAUCUGCACCCACUCCACCCAAACUGCUCCCUUUGUAGUGCCGUCUGUAUGAAGUGUAGUCUCUCAAUGCCAGCUAUUACUGUAUUUAAGUGUCGAAGUACACUCCCGAUCUCCUCCAGACCAUGUUACAUUUGAUAUUAUACUUGACCGUUGUGGGUGGUGAGGUUCUGUUUUGGGACAUCCAAUACUGCUUAUAUUUUGUCUGACUAGAGAAAUGCUCGUCUUGGAUGUCCACCUCAGAGGGGUUUUAAGUAAGUUACUGUGUUUGUGAUAUUAGAUGUUUCAUAAAGCCUUGGCCUUUAUUUGCAUUUGGAUCAUAUCAAAGUUGGCACUUAUAAAUCAUGUACGGUUCUGAUGACUGGUAUGAAUAUGCACUUGUAGUGUUUUCAUUGGGGACCAGAUGGCGGGUUGACUUCCUUUCCCUCUCGACUUUAAUGGGUGACCAGUAGAACCCUUCUGCUUCUCCCUUAAUGUGAGUUUCCCAUUGUAGUUGUCUUCACGUGUCUAAAAUGCUUUUGAUUGUAAUGCUAGAGUGUAAGAACUAAUGUACUGAGCUGUUCCAAAAGACUACAUUUCAUCAAUAAAAAAAAGUAUACGCACCUA